AUGCCUCCCUCAAGUUCCAAGGAAAAGAGACUCGCGAAGAAGGCCGAGAAGGCCGCCGCUUCAGGCAAGAAGGGAGCCAAGGGCAAGACUGAGCCCGAACUCGACGUCCAUGGAAAUCCCAUCACGGACUCCGAUGGCCCCGCCACCACUGAUGACAAGCUGGACGAGGUGAAGCGUCUGGCCGAUCAGAUGGACCAGCACGGCAUUUCCGACCGAGUCACCACCGGUGUGCUGUCGUCCACCCAGCAGAGCAAGGACGUCAAGAUCACCAGUACCUCUCUCGUGUUCCAUGGCCGAGUCCUCAUCACCGAUUCUACUCUCGAGCUGUCCUUCGGCCGCCGAUAUGGUCUCCUCGGUGAGAACGGCUGCGGAAAGUCCACUCUGCUCAAGGCCAUCGCCGCUCGCGAAUACCCCAUCCCCGACCACGUCGACAUUUACCUGCUGAACGAGGGUGCUCCCCCCAGCGACCUUGGUGCCCUGGAAUGGGUCGUCAAGGAGGCUGAGAACGAAAUGGACCGUCUCGACAAGCUGGCCGAGAAGAUGCUCGAGGACGAGGGCCCUGAGAGCCCUGUCCUGAUUGACCUCUACGACCACAUGGACAAGAUGGACCCCUCCACAUUCGCCACCCGUGCUUCCCUGAUUCUGACCGGUCUGGGUUUCAACAAGAAGACCAUCCACAAGAAGACCAAGGACAUGUCUGGUGGUUGGAGAAUGCGUGUUGCCUUGGCCAAGGCUCUGUUCGUCAAGCCUUCGCUGCUCCUGCUCGACGACCCCACUGCUCACUUGGAUCUCGAGGCCUGUGUGUGGCUGGAAGAGUACCUCAAGAAGUGGGAGCGAACGCUGGUCUUGGUUUCUCACUCCAUGGAUUUCCUCAACGGUGUGUGCACCAACAUGAUUGACAUGCGCGAAAAGGCCCUGCAGUACUAUGGUGGUAACUACGACUCCUACGCCAAGACUCGCGAGGAGAACGAGACGAACCAGAUGAAGGCCUACACCAAGCAGCAGGAAGAAAUUGCCCACAUCAAGAAGUUCAUUGCCAGUGCCGGUACCUACGCCAACUUGGUCCGACAGGCCAAGUCCCGCCAGAAGAUUCUGGACAAGAUGGAGGCCGAUGGCUUCAUCCAGCCCGUCGUUGCCGACAGGGUCUUCACCUUCCGUUUCGCCGACGUUGAGAAGCUCCCCCCUCCCGUCCUGUCCUUUGACAACGUCACCUUCUCCUACUCUGGCAACCCCGAGGACGACCUGUACCGCAACAUUGACCUCGGUUUCGACAUGGACUCCCGAACUGCCCUGGUCGGCCCCAACGGUGUUGGCAAGUCAACGCUGCUGCGUCUGAUGACUGGCAAGCUCUCCCCAACUGGCGGAUCCGUCACCCGUCACACUCACUUGAAGCUUGGUCUGUACUCUCAGCACAGUGCUGAGCAGCUUGACCUGACCAAGUCUGCCCUGGACUUUGUCCGUGACAAGUACAAGGAGAAGUCCCAGGACUACCAGUACUGGCGUCAGCAGCUCGGCCGCUACGGUCUCACUGGUGACUCCCAGACCGCCCUGAUGGGUACGCUGUCCGAGGGUCAGAAGAGCCGUAUCGUCUUUGCCCUGCUGGCCAUUGACGGCCCCAACAUGCUGCUGCUUGACGAGCCUACCAACGGUCUUGAUAUCCCCACCAUCGACAGUCUGGCUGAUGCCAUCAACGCCUUUAGCGGUGGUGUGAUUGUUGUGUCCCACGACUUCAGAUUGCUGGACAAGAUUGCCAAGCAGAUCCUGGUGUGCGAGAACCAGACCAUCCGAUCAUGGGACGGCACCAUUGGCGAGUACAAGAACUACCUUCGCAAGAAGAUGAUCACGGCCGGUGCUGUGUAA